UCAGAAUUAGAUGCUUUUUCAAGCCUAAAUAGCAGCUCCGAGAAGAAGAAAAAUCAGGUCAUUGUCAUCUCUAUAUCAAUUACAGGAAUAGUUCUUUUAAGCCUGGUUCUGACCCUAUAUGUGUUGAAGAAGAGGAAGAGGCAGCUAAAGAGAAGAGGAUACAUGGAACACGAUUCAGAAGGAGAUGAAACCAAUGAAGGCCGGAAGCAUCCAGAGCUACAAUUAUUUGACUUGGAUACAUUAGUGAAUGCCACCAAUAACUUUUCUAGUGACAAUAAGCUUGGAGAGGGUGGUUUUGGACCUGUCUACAAGGGAAUAUUGCAAGAGGGACAAGAAAUAGCAGUGAAGAUGAUGUCAAAAACUUCUAGACAAGGAUUAGAAGAGUUCAAAAAUGAAGUUGAAUCCAUUGCAAAACUUCAACAUCGAAAUCUUGUAAAGCUUUUUGGAUGUUGCAUUCAUGGCAGAGAAAGGAUGUUGAUCUACGAAUACUUGCCCAACAAAAGCUUAGACUUGUUUAUUUUUGGUCAAAUGCAAAGUGUGGUACUAGAUUGGCCUAAGCGCUUCCUCAUCAUCAAUGGGAUUGCUCGAGGCCUUCUCUAUCUUCAUCAAGAUUCCAGACUCAGGAUAAUCCAUAGAGAUCUCAAAGCAGAAAACAUUUUACUAGAUAAUGAAAUGAACCCCAAAAUUUCAGACUUUGGAAUAGCAAGAAGUUUUGACGGAAAUGAAACUGAAGCAAACACAACAACAGUGGCUGGAACAGUAGGUUAUAUGUCUCCAGAGUAUGCAAGCGAAGGAUUGUAUUCCACAAAAUCUGAUGUUUUUAGUUUUGGUGUUUUAGUGUUAGAGAUUGUAAGUGGGAAGAGAAACAGAGGAUUUAACCACCCAAACUGCAACAUUAAUCUCCUUGGGCAUGCAUGGACACUCUAUCUAGAAGAUAGGUCUUUAGAAUUUCUUGAUGCAUCAAUGGGGAACACCUGCAAUCUAUCUGAAGUUAUACGCACAAUCAAUUUGGGCCUAUUAUGCGUGCAACGUUUCCCAGAUGAUCGACCAAGCAUGCAUUCUGUGGUUCUGAUGUUGGGUGGUGAGGGUGCAUUACCUCAACCUAAAGAGCCUUGCUUCUUCACUGAUAGAAGUAUGAUAGAAGCAAAUUUUUCCUCUGGUACUCAAUCUCCCAUCACAUUGUUGGAAUCUCGAUAGAUGAAGCUUCAUAAAUUGGUGUUUUGUUAUCUUUAGACAUGUGACCAUAUAAGCUUAGGUUUCAUGCUUAAAUCACUUUUGGUAACUUCUCCUCUAACCUUGAUUCAUCUAAGAUGUUAUCAGGUGAUCAAUAUUUUUUUGCUGCUUUUUGUAUGGAUGAUGAUAGUUAUUCAUAGUACAUAAGUUCAAUAA